AUGACACCAGAAUUUCAACAAACAUUCUUCUCUGAUGCUGGAACUUACAUUUCAUGCAAUGAUAAAGUGAAUAUAACUGUAGUUGUUGAGACUGCAGAUACAUUGGGUGGAGUUAGAGUUUCUAGGCCGAACUCAGAUAUUUACCGUGACUUCUUUUCUUAUCCAUCUUUUCGGCAAGAGUUCUUAGAGACGUUCCUUGCUAAAGCAGGUUUAUCACCAUCUUUUUUGAACUCCCAUGAUUGUGACAUGAUAGCGAAUUUGUCUAGAAUGUUACGUGACUCAAUAUUGCAGCAUUCUGGGGUUGAAAGAGAUUAUUUCUAUGUGUUUGCUGCAUUAUUCAAGGGCAGUUAUUUUUACAAUGUGGUGAACACUACCGGUUUGCUUGACGAUGAAACUGUUCAAUCAAGAGAGUUCGUGCAAAACAUGGCUUAUGAAGGUGGAGAACAGUCUUUACCUGCGGGAGCCACAACGCUUCAAAAGUUAAGGAUUGAAGAUGAAAGAGGUAGUUGUUUCAUAUGUCACGAAGAGUUCAAUUGUGGUGAUAAUGGAUCAAGGUUACCUUGUUCUCAUAUCUGUCAUUACGAUUGCAUUAUACAAUGGUUUGUGCAUAAUGGUACGUGUCCAUUGUGUCGUUUCACGUGCACUCGUCAUUCUUGA